AUGUUCAAAUUGCGAAGCACGGUAGCUACAAGAGGACUGGACUCCUUGGCGAUUGCGGCGAAGUUUGCCAGGUACAAGUCCGAGCCCGGGACAGUAGGUACUUGUUCCUGGUCGAAAACAAAGUCCGGCUCGUCGUCCUUGGGCUCCUCGAUGAACCCAAAGAAGUUGGUGUCGAAACCCAUGUCGGUGAGCUUAUCUGAUGUUUCUGGCUCCAAGACUGUUUGUUCGACAGACACCUUUUCGGAGCCGCUUGGUGUAGCUGAUCAUGAGUGUCACCACCAGCUCGUAGAUCAACGGUUCCACAAGCGAGGCCUGUCCGUGGGUAUUUUCCUCCAGCAAGCUGUCGAGCUGGUUGUAGAAGAAGUCCAGCUGUUGGUACUGUGCCUGCUCGUACACGGCGACCAGCUCGAACGUGUGCUUGGAAUCUGGCUCCACAAGGAACGCGAUCAGCGAGUCGAGUCUGGUCGGAGGGGCAGGCGGUUGCAGAACGUUCUUGACGCUCCCCACCUCGUACAGCUCGUCGUUGACGAUCUCCACGAUCAUGCGGUGGAGGAUGUGGAGCUCGCCAGACAAGUUGACGUCCACCAGCGUCUUGAGCACCUGCGAAACCAUAGAGGUGUCCAAGUUGGGCUCUGUCCAGGCCAGAGCCAAAAGACUACGCAGAACGUUCAAAAACGUCGGAAUUAG